CGGACAGGAGCAGGGCUCACGCAGGGCUGACCAGGGACUGGUGCCCUCGUGGCUCUGGGCCUGUGCUGCAAACUCCCCACACUCUUCUCUCUCCCACAGAGAGAGGACCAGCACCUGGAGGAGACGGUGGCGUUUCAGGACAGGGACUCACCACUGACAGCUGCCAUGUCUCACAGCAAGCAGGAGGGCCCUGGUGACAGGGAGCCAGCCUGCAUGCUGUGUCGCCGUGCAGAGGCUGACCGGGACAUCUGCGGUGACAAACUGGAGGACUGCGGGGUCUGUGCCCAUGAGUUCUGCCUGUUCUUUGCCACUCUACUUUUUCGUCAAGACGACGAUUUUCUUGGAUUCGUGGGAUUUUUUCCUAGAGAUAUCCAAUUUGCAGUUCGGCAGGCGGCACAAAAGCACUGCUGCGUCUGUGGCCAGAGCGGGGCAACCAUCAUGUGUUGCAAGGAGGACUGUGACAGAUGGUUCCACCUGCCCUGUGCCAAGGAGGGCGGCUGUGUCACACAGUAUAUUCCAGAUUACAGCUCCUUCUGCCCUGAGCACAGUCCAGAGCAGGACGUGGAGGCGACUCCAGAGCCGGGCACCGAUUGCCUCAUCUGCAUGGAGCCUGUGGAGGAUAGAAAGACCUUCAGAACCUUGGUGUGCCCAGCGUGCAAAAGGGCCUGGUUCCACAGGGACUGCAUCCAGGGACAGGCCAUGUGCGCUGGUGCUUUAGCCUUCCAGUGCCCCCUGUGCAGAGACAAGGCGGCAUUCACACUUGAAAUGUUCACCAUGGGGAUCCGAAUUCCCUUCAGAGACCCAGCAUGGGAGGACAACUAUGCCUUUGCGGAUCUAGGAGAGAGGCACAGCAGGUGCACUGCCAGGGAUUGCCUUUACCCGGGAGGCAGGGAGGACGCAGAGGAAGAGGGGCCCUGGGAACUGCUCCUGUGCUCCUCCUGCGCUGCUGAGGGCACCCACAGGCGCUGCUCUGGCCUGAGAAACCGCGUAGAGAGCUGGGAGUGUGACAGCUGUGCUGGUCUCGGAACGGCUUCCAGGGUUGAGUUAGAGCUCAGUGGCCCCAGCCUGACCAGACAGUCAGGACUGGAGCCUGCUCAUGGCUCCUCAGCACCUGAGGCCAUCAGCCCCAGCUCCAGCACCCUGGUGCCAUCGGGGCUGGAUCCCCAGUCUCCAUCUGCGGAGCCCAGCAGCAGCCACCAGCACACAGUAUGGCUGCAGUCUCUGCUGUCUUCUUCACUGGACACCAGCAACCCCAGCACAUCAAGCUCAACGUACAGCACCUCGUCUGACCCUGAGGACAGGGUCCAUUCCAGACGUGCUGGGCCCGGCUGCAGGCCAACCCGCUCUCGCCAGCAAGGUCGGGCCCCAGAUGGACCUGUCCGAUCGAGGAGUCCCUGUGACAGGAGCAGGAGGACAACCACAAGGACUGAGAGGCCCAGGCCAAGGGAGACACCUUCACGGGCAUCCCCCAGACGCAGCCGCGCCUGCCAGCAAGGUCAGGCCCAGAGUCCGCCUGUCCGGUCCAGGAGUCCCUGUGACAGGAGCAGCCGGACAAGACCAAGGACUGAGAGGCCCAGGCCAAGGGAGACGUCGUCAGGGACAUCCCCCAGACGCAGCCGCUCCCGCCAGCAAGGUCAGGCCCAGCGUCCGCCUGUCCGGUCCAGGAGUCGCCGUGACAGGUGCCACAGGACAACAUCAAGCGCUGAGAGGCCCAGGCGAAGGGAGACAUCGUCAGGGACAUCCCCCAGACGCAGCCGCUCCCGCCUGCAGCGCCAGGCCUCGAAUCAACCUGUCCUGUCCAGGAGUCGCCAGGACAGGAGCAGCAGGACAGCAGCAAGGGCUCAGAGGCCCAGGCACAGUGGGGCACCGUCAGGGGUGUCCCGCAGGAGCAACCGCUCCUGCCUGCGACAUCGGGCCUCAACUGGGACCUACAACAGCAGCACGUAGUGUCAUCUUUUCUUUCUUUCCAUCUGUUCGCCGCCGGAAGUGAAGUAAAGCCAAAAGGAAGAAGAGAGAAGAGAGUGACACACUGCCUCAAAUGCCUGAAGAAAUCGAUUGCUGUAUUGCUGCUGAUUUAAAAAACUUGCUUGGACCUUGAAAGAACAAACCAGAAAAGACUGUGGAAAUACCCUGGGACAAAGAGGACGUGCAGGACUCUGCCCCAGAUGACCAUUUGGGACCUUUGCUUGAGAACGACACAGCUCAGGAGCCGAGUGCUUUCAAGCUUUCCUUCUUUGGAGACACAGAGGACUUGUGCAUCAAAGAAGAUAAAAUGAGGCCUUGUGAAAAGAAGAUGAAACAACAUUAAAUCGAGUCACAGUCCUGAAGGAGAGAAGAGAAACUGUGUGAAGUUAUGCCAAAUAUUAAAAAAAAGAAACCAAUGCAACAAGACAAAGCAACCAGCCUCCCACACUUGUGCUGAAUUCAGAAGGAAUUCAGUGUCUUCUGAAUGCAAUGAUAAAUGCUUAUGAAUACAGAAGAGAUCCCUGGAACAAACUGGAAAAUCCUGGAGCAGAGAUGUAGCUCAGAAAAUCAGGCAGGAGCAGAUUCUGUCCUUCCUAAAUCUGUCUUCUCCACUAGCCUUGCGGACUUGGAACAAUAAAGCCGGUAAAAGUCACAUGGCAGAAGGCUUCACGUUUCCAAGACAGCCGUUCUGAGGGUGCUGAUGAGCCUGAGACGUGAGAAAUUGAAAAGGACCAAGAAAUGCAAGUUUCUUUCUUUACCACGCACAGGGAGUGCUGGAGUUUUCUUUUUCUCCAAAGAUGAUGAUGAAUGCCCAAGAGGUAAUUGCCUAAUAGGAAUCUGGACUUUUAGAGCUUACCAAAACAUUAGCCACUUGACAGUUUACCUAGAUAUUUUGGAUCCUUUCAGAGGGCCCAAAGUUAUUUUGUAGAUCAGCAGAGCUCAGUGAAGAGAAAGAGAGUUGGGAAGACAGAUGUAGAUUAUUGCUUGAGGAGCAGCUACUUAACUAUAUGUCAAGAAUGUAUUUAAGAGAAAGAGUGAAUUUAGAGACUUCUCCUAACAGUGGAUUCAGAACCUUCUCCGAAGAAUUUGUUAGAUUUUCAUUAUUUUCCGGAAUGCUGAAGGAAGCAUAAGGAUACCAGAUAGAAAGUACAAAGAAACCAAUAAACCUUUUACUGAUUAGAA